UCUGAAGACCCCGCCCAGCCCAACAGGAAGACAACACAUUUUAGUUUUUUUUGAUAGGAUGCAAAUUUGCGACUAAUCAACAGACACUAACUUACAAAACAACAUCGGUAAAAUGCCAUUAUUUGAUGGAUUGGGAAGUGGAGCGGAGAAGACAGCGAUCGUCAUUGAUUUAGGAGCAGCGUUCACAAAAUGUGGCUUUGCAGGGGAAACGGGGCCCAGGUUCAUCAUUCCGAGCGAGAUCCGGAGGCCAGGACAGCAACAGGCCAUCAAAGUGGUUCAGUACAACAUCAAUACAGAAGAGCUUUAUGUCAUCCUCAAAGAGUUUAUCCACAUACUGUACUUCAGGCACCUGCUGGUGAACCCUCGCGACAGAAGAGUGGUCAUCAUCGAGUCCAUCCUCUGCCCGUCUCACUUCAGGGAGACGCUCACCAAGGUUUUCUUCAAACAGUUUGAGGUGCCCUCUGUGCUGUUUGCACCAAGUCACCUCAUGGCCAUCAUGUCUUUGGGUAUCAACUCUGCCCUGGUGAUGGAUUGCGGCUACACAGAGACGCUGGUCCUUCCUGUUUAUGAGUGCACUCCUAUUCUACCAGCUUGGGAGGCUUUGCCUUUGGGUGGAAAAGCCAUCCAUAAAGAAUUAGACGGACUUCUUGUGGAACAGUGCACCGUGGACACAGACACAACCACAGGGCAGAGUGUGCCAGCUGCCAUUGGGACCAUCCCAGAGGAGACUGUGGAGGAUAUCAAGGUCAGAACAUGCUUUGUCAGUGACCUGCAGAGAGGCCUCAAGAUUCAGGAAGCCAAAUUUAACCUGGACGGCACUGCUGAGCGUCCAGCCCAUCCUCCAGAUGUUGAUUACCCUUUGGAUGGAGAGAAAAUCCUGCAUAUCAAAGGAUCCAUCAGGGACUCUGUGAUGGAGAUUCUGUUUGAACAGGACAAUGAGGAGAAGAGUGUGGCCUCGCUGAUACUUGACGCUCUGGUGAAGUGCCCCAUUGACACGCGCAAGGUGCUCUCUGAGAACCUGGUGGUGAUUGGAGGGACAGCCAUGCUGCCGGGCUUCCUGCACCGUGUGCUGGCGGAGAUCCGCCUCCUUGUGGAAAGACCCAAGUACAGCGACGUCCUGGCCAGCAAGAGCUUCCGCAUACACGCUCCACCCGCCAAGCCCAACUGCACCGCCUGGCUCGGAGGUGCCAUCUUCGGGGCGCUGCAGGACAUCCUGGGCAGCAGGUCGGUGUCCCGGGACUACUACAAUCAGACAGGCCGCAUCCCAGACUGGUGCUGCUUGAGCUCCCCUCCCCCUGAAUCUCUGUAUGAAGCAGGGAAGACCCCCCCUCCACUCAUGAAGAGAGCCUUCUCCACAGAGAAGUAGAUUGUGCUGCAAUAUAAUUCAAAUAAUGUACUUCCAUGUCUGAUAGAACAGUCCAGUAAUCUUUAAUGUAACAUUUCCACACAACAUAAGUUCAUGUGUUACCUAAACAAAGAGCUCUAGAUGUUUUUAAUAUCUAGUAGUCACACAUAAGGUUUUGUAUGAUUGUGGACUGUUUGAUAAUCAGGUGAGCUGUUUUCUGACCUUAUCAGACAGAACAGAUAUUAGGAUUUGAGGCCGUUGGAUAAGCAUUCCACUAAAUAUGAACAUCAGUGGUUAAAAAAAUCACAGUGUUAAAAAAUGUAAAUGGUUAAUGCGCUAUAUGCAGCAUCAUCUUCUGUUGGAGUCUCAUAGAGUAAGACAUCAAACCACUACAUGCUGAUUCCCUUUCUCCUUCCAGUAACUUAUGGAUUUAAGUAGCAGUUAACUGGCGGAACACAAAUGUAUCAGAUGAUAAAGCUAAAGUCAUCGAUUUAUCAGCAAAUCUACAGAAAAUGUAUUUGAGUAUGAUGUAGUGUGAAAGUUUGGUCAUGAAGGUAACAUCCUGCAGAAAAACGUUUUAUUUAUUUAUUGUUUGUACUUCAAAGUGGAAAGUGAUUGUUGAAGUCAUUAAAUGCCCUUCA